AACAAAAUGGCGACGUGUGGAAACAUUUUGUCGUCCGAAGAAGCUUAUGAUUACAAUUGUACGCCUUGUUCUCAACAAGAACGGUUUUUGGAAGCCAAGAGAUUUUGUGUAGAAUGUGGCGAGUAUUUUUGCUCAACAUGUCUGGCCUAUCAUGAGAAGUUUGGUGUUACUAAAGGACAUACUCUUAUAAAGUGUGAGGAAGUUUCAAAAGAUCAAGUUCCAGCACGUCUGAGUAAAUGUGAACUUCACACCGACAAGGAGGAGGAUAUGGUCUGCAGUGAUCAUGAUGUCGUCUGCUGUCGUGUUUGCAUAACUACAUGUCAUAGGUCAUGUCAAAACAUUGAUUAUCUGCCGCAUUUGAUGAAGAAGUAUAAGGAAGACGAAAAGUGCGUAGUGGUAGAGAAGGAAAUGAAAGAUAAAAUCGAGGAAUUGAGAACAGCACACAAAGAAUACUCUGCUAGAGUCUUAAAGCUAAAAACAAGAAAAAUAACGUAUUUGAAACGUUUAGAAAUGCUAGGUCAAUCUAUUGACGAGUGUGUUAAAAAUGCUAUCACCGAGACUGAGAAAAAUGUCGAAAGCCGAUUUGAACCUGAAAUUUGCGACUUGCAAGAACACACCCAGAACUAUAACAAUAUGCUUUCAAAACUCAGCGGUCUGUCAGAGGAGUUAUUAGAGGAAAAUGAUGAUAUUCUGGAAUUUAAAAAGAUAUUAGAAUGUAAACGGGCACUUAAGAAAAUUGAAGUUGAAUCUUGUGCGUCCGUUGUCAAUGACUGCUUAAUAAUUGACAACAAGUUUCAAAAUGAAAUUAUACAGUCAGUUGUAAGCUGUUUAGGAAAUGGGUUAUUGUUUGGAACUAUAUCGAUUGGUGGUCCUGGAAACAGUUUUGGUCCCCCAAGUUUAUGUGUUAAAGAAUGUGAAAGUUCUUCUUUUGUUUUCUUAGCUGACUAUAGCAACCACAAAAUCAGAUGUAUUGACAGUGAUUUAAAAGAAACUGAAAGUUUUAAUGUAGAAGGAAACAUCUGGGGGAUUUGUGAGAUAAACAAACACGAAAUUGCAUUUACUUUGUCUGGCUUGAAGAAAGUUCAAUUGAUAUCAACUGAUAAGGGUCCAGUUUUAAAAAGAAGCUUCAUAGCAAAUUUACAUUGUCGUGGUAUUGCAUGUUUUAAUGAAAAGAUUUACGUGACUGGUGGUGGGAUGAAAGGAGAAGAUAAAGGGCAAUUAAAUGUGUUUGAUUUGGAAGGGCAGUUACUCUGCAUUUGUCAAGAUUUUCAGGGAAUCUUUUUCAGCAUUCCACGAAGCGUUGUAGUAAAUACCGAAGGAAUAUUCAUCACAGACGAACAAAACGGCGUCAUUUGUUUAGAUUUGGAAGCACAGAGGAAGUGGGUGUGUAACAACACGUUAUGCAAAUUUCCUUGGGGAAUUUGCUUCACGCCAAAUGGGAAUCUUUUUGUUUGUGGACGUGAUUCAAACAAUAUUGUGAUUGUUAGUAAAGAUGGUGAAUUUUUAGGUGAACUGUUAAACGAACAUGACGGUCUUUCAGCCCCAAAGGCUAUCUGCUUUGAUAAACGGAACAACUGCAUUAUAGUCUCGGAAUAUAAGAAACCACAACUGAAGAUAUUUUACAUUGGUGAAUGUGAUAUAUGAUGUUAAACCAGUAAAUACCAUUAAAAGGUAACCUAUGAUUAGAAAGUGUGCGGGUUAAUAAUUUGACAAGUUGAUUUAUGUCAACAAAGCUAUUUUGAGAGGGCAGGACAUAUAAACGGCUUUUAAGUAUGAUGUAGCUGCAGAUAUUGACGCGUUGGGGUGAUAUUAAGAUGGUUUUAUUUACUAUUGUACUCCAAUCGCAGGAAAUGUAAAUAGUAUUCUAAAUAUUUACGAAACGAAGAAGUAAGAAUUUAUUUAUGUACACAUAUAUACUGGAAUUGCUCUCUGAUUACCAAAUCUUUAAAUAUUCUAUAACCACCUCCGAGCCAGAAAAACACUUAAUAGGUAUUCUUAAAGGUUAGUGAUUCUAUUUUAUCCCUAAUUUUCAAAGUAUUUCUGUAAAUAAUUGCUAUUUUCCAACGUUUUUAUGCCUUGGUAACCUUUGUAUAUAGGAUCCACUUUUAAUUUUUCUAGGAGAUUGUAGAUUGAUGAGGGACAGGAGUUUAAUCAUUGAAUGCUAUUAUUAUACUAGAUAUGAAGAAAACCAUGUAUCUUUUCUAUAAUUCAUAUGCAUAUAUGUAGUACAUGUAAUAAAGAAAGAAAAAUGUUGUAAAUGUUUAAUUGUUUAAUCUUGGUUUGAGGGCUGCAGUUACUUAAAUUUUAGAUAUCAACAAGUUCUUACCCUAAAGGAACCCUGAUAUACAAGAUUAAAUCGCAUAGUUUAAUAUAACAAAACCACAUUCAUAUAAAUAACAGGGUAUUUCAUAGCUUUAGUUCGAUUGAUUUGGAAGCUACCGGUAUAAUGUUGUUACAACACUCUCGAAUCCGUUCCUGGAUCACAACCAGCAAUGAGUGUAAAGUUUCUUGCUCACGGAAACAGUGUGUUGCCCUUGGUGGGGUUUUUACUCACGAGGCCAACUGUCCUUAGAUUACUGCAUUAACAACUCGACCACGCCGCCACUCCGAGACAGUUUAAGAUGUCCCUUUGUGUACCCAGUAAAAAUUGUAUUGAUGUAUAUUUUUUCUUUUUCUUCUUUCGAGUGAAAAUGUAUAUUUGUUAGAAUACAAUGUUCUUGUUCAUUCUCUAAUAUACGUGUGUAUUUAAUAAGGCAGCAAAAAGAGUACAAAGAUGUUAUCACGUUACAAAUCAAUUAUCAUGCAACUACUAUGUACAUGUAUAUGUAUUACUAAAUAUGCUUGUAUCAAUAGUUAAUACAGCAAUGUGAUUAAAAGUUCGUAUCGUAUAAACUGUAACAACAUUUACAAAAAUGUCUAGACUGGUACAAAAACAUUCGGCUACAUGUGCCUAUAUGGCACAAUCAAAUUCUAUGAAU